GGUGGAGACCAGUGCUGGCAAGGUCCACUCAGCUCAGUUUAUGGCAUGACGGGAAAGAAGGGCGGAGACCAGGGUUGCACACGCGCCCUUGGCCGAAUAUUGCGUUAAGCUGGAUCCCGCAGAAUUCCGAUAGGAGAAAAUACUGUUCCUGCCAGCGCGAGGCCUUAGUUCCUGUUCUGCUUUCUCCGCUCGAGACUCCUCCGGGAACCGGGAGGCAACUGAAGAGGAAGGGAAGCUGACUUGAAUGGCCAAGUUUCUUGUUUACAGGAUGGCGUUACCUGCAUUCAGAGGGGCCUGACCCCUAUGGAGACGCUGAAAGGAGUCCAACUAUCCAUUGCCAAGAAGAAAUCUAUUGGUUAUAAAACUAGAACGCCUCUACAUAAAAAAGUAGAAUGAAAGAACCUUUGGAUGGUGGAUGUGUCAAAGCAAUGAUACCUCAACAGGGGCUUCUGGACAAAAUUAAAGAAGAACCUGACAAUGCUCAAGAGUAUGGACAUGCCCAACAGCCAAAAACUCAAGAAAGUGAAUUGAAAAUCAGUGCUGUAUUUUCAGUUAGUGACAAUUCUCUUGCCCAGCAGUUGACUUCAGGCUUUUCUCUUGUACCACCUGGCACAAAAGUAUUGGUUCCUUCAGUUCCACCUGUAGCUAUUCAGGUUUUUUGUUCUGGUUGUAAAAAGAUGCUUUACAAGGGUCAAACUGCAUAUCACAAGACAGGAUCUACUCAGCUCUUCUGUUCCACACGAUGUAUUAUCGGAUAUUCUUCACUUGUCUGCCUACCACUUCCUCCCAAGAAAACCUGCACAAACUGCUCAAAAGAAAUUUUAAAUAUAAAGGAUGUGAUCACAACCCGGUUUGAAAAUUCUUCUCUUAGCAAAGAUUUCUGCAGCCAAUCAUGCCUGUCUUCUUAUGAGCUAAAGAAAAAACCUGUUGUUACCAUAUAUACCAAUAGCAUUUCGACAAAGUGCAGUAUGUGUCAGAAAAAUGCUGAUGUUCGAUUUGAAGUUAAAUAUCAAAAUGUGGUACAUGGUCUUUGUAGUGAUGCCUGUUUUUCCAAAUUUCACUCCACCAACAACCUCACCAUGAACUGUUGUGAGAACUGUGGAAGCUAUUGCUAUAGUAGCUCUGGACCUUGCCAAUCCCAGAAGGUUUUUAGUUCAACAAGUGUUACAGCAUACAAGCAGAAUUCGGCUCAAACUCCUCCCUAUGCUCUGGGGAAAUCAUUGAGGCGCUCUGCUGAAAUGAUUGAGACUACAAAUGACUCAGGAAAAACAGAACUUUUCUGUUCUAUUAAUUGCUUAUCUGCUUACAGAGUUAAAACUGUUACUUCUUCAGGCGUCCAGGUUUCAUGUCACAGUUGUAAAACCUCUGCAAUCCCUCAGUAUCACCUAGCCAUGUCAAAUGGAACUAUAUACAGCUUCUGUAGCUCCAACUGUGUGGUAGCUUUCCAGAAUGUAUUUAACAAACCAAACGGAACACAGUCUUCUGCCGUGCCUCCGUCUCAGGGCCAAGUGGUUGCGAGUUCACCUUGCCAAUCAGUAAGGCCACCAGGAGGUGGUGGCCUUGCCUCUGCCAUUUCCUCCAACUCUGUCACUGGCUCUGCCAUAGCAGCCAGUCACCAGACUCUUGGUGAACAAUCCCAGCAGGUUGCGGUAACGCAGACAGUUGUGAAACUCAAGUGUCAGCACUGUUAUCAUCUGUUUGCCACAAAGCCAGAACUUCUUUUCUACAAGGGUAAAAUGUUUCUGUUUUGUGGCAAGACUUGCUCUGAUGAAUACAAAAGAAAAAAUAAAGUUAUGGCAAUGUGUGACUACUGUAAACUACAGAAAAUUAUAAAGGAAACUGUGAGAUUCUCAGGGGUUGAUAAGCCAUUCUGUAGUGAAGUCUGCAAACUUCUCUCUGCUCGAGACUUUGGAGAGCGAUGGGGAAACUACUGUAAGAUGUGUAGUUAUUGUUCACAGACUUCCCCUAAUUUGGUAGAAAAUCGAUUGGAGGGAAAGUUAGAAGAGUUUUGUUGUGAAGACUGCAUGACCAAAUUUACAGUUUUGUUUUAUCAGAUGGCCAAGUGUGAUGGUUGUAAACGACAGGGUAAGCUAAGUGAGUCCAUAAAAUGGAGAGGCAUCAUCAAACAUUUCUGUAAUCUGUUCUGUGUCUUGAAGUUCUGCCAUCAGCAAAGCAUGAAUGAUCCUCCUCCACAAAAUAAAGUAAAUAUUUGUAAGGCACGAACUGCUUUGAUGGAGCUCCCUUCUGCAAAGACAGUUACAACACCAGUUAUAACCAAUGUUGUGUCAUUGGCAAAAAUACCUGUUGCCCAAUCUACAGGAAACACUAACAGUGUUUUAAAAGGUGCAGCUACUAAGGAGGCAGCAAAGAUCAUUGAAGAUGAAAGUGCACAAUCAGAUGCCAUGAAACUUAUAUCUUCCCAGUCUUCUCAGUCUUCCAAGCUUUUAAAGAAUAAAGCUGUAUUAUGUAAGCCUGUCACACAGACCAAGGCCACCUCUUGCAAACCACAUACACAACAGAAGGAAUGUCAGACAGAUUUAGCUAUGCCAAAUGAGAAAAAUGAUGCAGAACUUGAUUCUCCACCUGCAAAGAAAAAAAGAAUAGGUUUUUUCCAGACUUAUGAUGUGGAAUAUUUAAAGGUUGGUUGUAUUAUGUGUCCUGGAUCAAAAGAGAGUUCACCAAGGCCACAGUGUGUCGUUUGUGGAGAGAUCUUACCCAGUGAAAGUUUGAAGCCGGCAAAUCUUUCUCAUCAUUUGAAGACAAAACAUUCAGAAUUAGAAAACAAGCCAGUAGAUUUCUUUGUACAAAAAUCUCUUGAAAUGGAAUGUCAAAACAGUUCUUUAAAAAAGUGUUUACUAGUUGAAAAGUCACUUGUGAAAGCUUCUUAUUUAAUCGCUUUCCAAAUUGCUGCCAGCAAGAAGCCAUUCUCUAUUGCUGAAGAAUUAAUCAAACCAUAUUUAGUAGAAAUGUGUUCGGAAGUUUUGGGUUCAAGUGCUGGAGACAAAAUGAAAACCAUUCCUCUCUCUAAUAAUAUAGUUGGAUACAGAAUUGAUGAAUUAUCUGCAGACAUCGAAGAUCAGCUGAUCCAAAAGGUCAGAGAGUCAGCGUGGUUUGCUCUUCAGAUAGAUGAGUCAUCAGAAAUCUCAAAUACCACCCUUCUCUUGUGCUAUAUUCGUUUCAUUGAUUAUGAGUAUAGUGAUAUAAAAGAAGAAUUAUUAUUUUGCCUUGAAAUGCCUUCUCAAAUCACUGGUUUUGAAAUAUUUGAACUAAUAAAUAAGUAUAUUGAUAGUAAAUCUCUGAAUUGGAAACAUUGUGUUGGUCUCUGUACUGAUGGGGCUGCAAGCAUUACUGGCAGGUAUUCUGAUUUAAGGGCAAAAAUUCAAGAAGUUGCCAUGAGUACAGUGGCAUUUACACAUUGUUUUAUUCACCGUGAACUCUUAGCAGCUGAAAAGUUGUCUCCAUGUUUACAUGAAGUUCUUUUGCAGUCAGCACAAAUUUUAAGUUUUGUAAAGAGUAAUUCAUCGAGUUCACGGAUGUUAACAAUUUUGUGUGAAGAGAUGGGACCCGAGCAUGUGAAUUUACCACUUCAUGUUGAAAUAUGUUGGAUAUCAAGAGGGAGAAUUUUAACAAGGUUAUUUGAAUUACGACAUGAAAUUGAAAUAUUUUUAAAUCAAAAGCAUUCAGAUUUCGCCACCUAUUUUCAUGAUGAGGAAUGGGUUGCAAAGCUAGCCUAUUUAGCGGAUAUAUUUUCACUUAUAAAUGAGUUAAAUUCAAGUCUUCAAGGAACCAUGACUACUUUCUUCAAUUUGUAUAAUAAAAUGGAUAUUUAUAAGAAAAAGUUAAAAAUGUGGUUGAAGCGGACACAAGAGAAUGAUUAUGAUAUGUUCCCUUCAUUUUCUGAAUUCUCAAACUCAUCAGACUUAAAUGUGAGAAAUAUCACAAGCAUUAUUCUUGAGCACCUGGAAGGACUUUCUCAAAUGUUCCAUGACUGCUACCCACCAGAAGAUGACUUGCGUCCAGGAAAUUUGUGGAUUAUUAACCCAUUUACGAAUCACCAAAAUAAUAAUCUUACUAAUUUUGAAAAAGAAAAAUUAAAACAGUUAUUUUCAGAUUUAGGAUUACAGUCACUAUUUAAAUCAGUGUCUGUAACGCAGUUUUGGAUAAAUGCAAAGACAAGUUACCCAGAACUGCAUGAAAAGGCAAUGAAAUUUUUAUUACCUUUUUCAACUGUUUAUUUAUGUGAUGCUGCCUUUUCAGCUUUGACUGUGUCAAGACAAAGAAAUCUGUUGGUUUCUGGCUCUGCCCUGAGACUUGCAGUCACAUCAUUAAUUCCAAGGAUAGAAAAAUUAGUAAAGGAGAAAGAAAAGCAGUGUGCAUGUUGUUUAUCAUCAAAGUCUAAUUUUUGAGCUGGGGUUGUGGCUCAGUGGUAGAGCACUUGCCUGGCAUGUAUGAAGCACUGGGUUCAAUCCUCAGCACA